AGUUUCCAUGUGAAGGAAAAAAGGAAUUGGAGAGCAAAGAUUGAGAGAAGAAAAAAAGCAGAUAAAAAUGGUGCAGGAUAUUGAAAUGAUCAAAAAGGGUCCAUGGAGUGAACAUGAAGAUGUUCAACUUGUUUUGUACGUGAAUUUAUUUGGAGAUCGCAGAUGGGAUUGCAUAGCAAAAGUUUCAGGUUUGGAGGUGGCGGGAGACAAAUAUUAAUAGGAUUGAAAAGAACAGGAAAGAGUUGCAGGCUGCGUUGGGUUAACUAUCUGCACCCUGGUCUCAAAAGAGGCAAGAUCACACCCCAUGAAGAGCAACUCAUCCUUGAACUUCAUGCCAAAUGGGGAAAUAGAUGGUCAAGAAUUGCUCGCAGACUACCUGGACGCACUGAUAAUGAGAUAAAGAAUUACUGCAGAACCCACAUGAGGAAGAAGGCUCAGGAGAUGAGAAAGCUUGCUAUGUCAACAUCAUCCACGUCGCUUUCUAAUUGUUCUUCCUCUCCACCAAACAAUUCUCCAGUCGAUUCUAUGCCGAUCAUGGAGAUGGAAGAACUCAGCUUUUAUGAUACAGGAGGUCUAGACAAAAUAGCUUCUAGGGGAAAGAAGAGUAAUCAAGAAUUGGAAGAGAUCGAAAAGGGGUAUUCCAUGGAUGAAAUAUGGAAAAAUAUUGCUUUGCCCGAAUACGAUUAUAAAAAUAUUAUAAAAGCUAGUCCAGUGCAUGAGACUUUGGCUAAUGAUGUGUAUAGUGAAGAAGGAUUUAACCUCUCUUGUGAAGCAAUGGGUUCUCCAAUAUGGGACUAUUGUCCAGACUUGCUAUGGAUGGAGGGAUGUUGAAGAUGAGAAUGAGAUGUCCCCAUAAGCCAUCAAUUUCAUUCCUUGUAUGGACAAGAGAGCAUGUUGUGAACUGUCUAAUUAUGGGUUUUUGUCUUCUUCUUUUUUCAUGGAUGUUUGUUCAUGUGUGAAAUAUUGUCUUAAUUAGGAAGUUCUAACUUGUAUAGCAUGGAAUUGCAUGUCUAUAUAUCCAAUUUCUAAAUCAGUACUUUAUUAUCUAUUGUAUUAUACAUGUCUAAGUUUUGUAUUGAA